GUUCUCUUUUUUAAUCAGAAUGUGCUGAGAUAGUGAGAUUGCGCACUACUUCUUUUUGAUGUACAAACUACAAUAAGAGCACCAAAUUUUUAAUCUACAUUGUAUAAUAUUAUGCAAACAAAAAUGUAGUUAUUUAAUUAUGUUAAAGAUAAUUACAUUUUCGUGAUUCGAACUCCUCCUUCAAUUAUAAUUAAUAUCUAUAAUCACAUUCUUUUCUCAUAAAUCGAUGUGUACCAAACUAAUUUGCUCUUUUAUAAUAAUUUCAACAUUAAUUUUUCGAAAUGAUCCAAUUUGCCCAUUCACCCAUUUAUAUAAUCAACAAAAUUCAAUGUUUUAAUUUUCGCGCUUGCAACGUACUUAACAAAUCCAACAGCCAAUGAGAGCGUGAUAAACUCCACGGCCAUCUUUCCUCCGUAUACAUAUAUAGGUAUAUUUAUAGGAUGUGACUUUGUUGAUCUCAAUACCCAGAUCCCAGUCAGCACCUACUGAUGGUUAGUUUUGGUGUGUGUGUGUCUCAGGAGAACAAGGUCACUCCCAUUUUAUUAUUACAGCUGCGAUAUUUGGGCUUGGCCAUUGAGCGCGCCGUGCACUUGAGCGAUCAAGAAACCUGUCGAACUGUCGCGCGUGCGUGGGAGAAGACAAGAGAGAAAGAUGACAGAAUUAAAUUUCGGCGGCUCGUAGUGACGUUUGUCUUAUAGUAGCGUGGCGCACGUAAUCGACAUAUAUGAGCAACGCUGUGCAUCAGGUGUAGCCCAAUGCUCAAAAUGCUAAACAGUAACGUCGUCCCACGAGAUUAUGAACGUCCUCUGCAUCAGGGACGACCAGUUGGAAGCGGACGAUUGCUGAACGUCACCAAAUCCAGGUGAUAAUAGGUAGCUUGCAAGAGUUUUGUUGUCAUCGGUGUCUAUACAUGUACGAUAUAUAGUGAGCAUAGCGAUGAGAUCGAAUAACGUAACGCCGAGCAAAAUGAUUACGCCGUGGCAUCAACAGGUCUUUGCUCUGGAUGCCAAGUAUAAUUCACAAAGAGCAGUAAACAAUUCUAGUCUAGCUAUGCUUUACAUACGCAGACGAAGUCAGCUGCUCCGAGAUAAAGCAUGUAAGAAUCCAGAGCUGCAAAACAGAUACUUGAAAUUGAGAUCAGAAUUGCUUAGGCGAAGGUAUGGAACCUGUUUGGAAGCCUCCAGUUUACCUUCAGAAAAAAGCUUUGAGAUCAAAGGUAGAAGUAGGACUAGUAGCAAAAGGUCUACAGCUGAAAGUUUUGCUGGAGUUCACCAUGUUUUCGAUCAACACUCAGCAGCUAUUUCGAUGCUCAAGUUUGCUAACAAUGAUAGGUCUAGGUUCUGCUGUGCAUCUUUUGAUGGCACUAUUUCUAUAUGUGAAGCAACUACUACUCCACCAAAAGUGGUUGUAGUUUUGCAUGGUCAUAUGAAAGGGGUCACAGCAAUUGACUGGAGUAUGAGCAAUGAUCUCUUAGUUUCUACUUCGCUGGAUGCUACAAUAAGAUUGUGGAAGAUACAUCCAGAUUCUAAAACAGACUGUCUCAGAGUGGCUUAUGAUCAGCUAAAAGCAGAAACUUUGUGCUGUGCUUUUGCACCUACAAACAACAAUUUAGUAUUGGCUGGAAACUCUCAAGGAUUAUUAGAAAUUUUAAAUGUCUCUACAGGAAAAUAUACUAAGGGUGGAACUAUUAAAAUUAGUGGAAAGAUUACAUCUUUAAUAUGCGAAGAAAGUGGUGGUUCCCUAGUGUGGACAGGUAACGAUCGAGGAAUCAUUGCAUCUUUUAGACUAGAGCCUGGUCUAGGCAAGUUAACCAAAUUACGUAGAAUGGAAGGCACAGGUGGAGUUAUAACUAGUCUUUCAUGGAGGCCUUGGUUAUCAAAGGAUUUUCCAUGGCCAACACUUCUAGUUAGCAGUGCAUGUAAUGCUGUGCUCUUGUUUCGUGUAGCCGAUGAUCAAGGCAAUUUAGUGCUUUGGAAAAGAUAUCCCAUAAGGCAUAGGCAAUACUUGAUUAGAUCAACAUUUUGUCCUCAAAUGGGCACUUCACUCAUAGCUACAGGUUCAGAAGAUGGCUCGAUACAUUUACUAGACUCUGCAAAAGAUGGAAAAUCAGCCCAAGUAAACAGAUUGCUUGGACAUUCGGCUCCAACACUGACAUUGAGCUUCAAUUAUGAUGAAUCUCUUUUGGCAUCAGGUGAUCACCAAGGACUUGUGAUUCUUUGGAAUAAUCACCAGUGUCAACAGUAAACAAUUAUAUUUAGUAAAGUGUAAAUAGAAUAAUUUUAUACUAUAUAUAUAAACUGUAUAGUUUAUCAAUAGAGAAAAUAAAUUUUAUAAAAUGUAUAAUUUGCUUUAAAUAAUUAAGAUACUUGAAAGUAUAAAUUUUUAUUAAUAAAAAGUUGAAAAAUAUCU